UAGAAACUUUGUGCGACUAAGUGCUUUCUCUAUGAAUUUGUCCUCAGGAGAGAAUGAAGGCCCAAUUGUUUUGGCGGGCCCUGUAUUUGAGACUCUCAAAGACUUCAAGAAAACGCUGAAUGAGCUGGCUCCACACAUUACAGAGGAACAAUUGCUAGUAUAUUUAGGGAGCAAAGUGAUGGAAGCAAAUUUAGGUCACGCCAAGUGUUUCCUGGUGAUGCCACGUGCAAGCCGCAGCCUCGUCUACAUAGAGGACGAUGUUUGCAGCAUGUACCAGGAAGUCAAACACAUGUGUGGAGGUACAACUGACAUAGGAGACGUGAAGCGAGUCUUCAUUAUUUUGUAUCAAAAUGAAGACCAAAUAUACGAUUUGUACGACACUGAAAUCGAGUUCUGGUGGAAUUCUGGACCCCAAAAGGAACUUAAGAAAUUUGCAGACGUUAACCAUAUAGUCAGCUUCAAAAGAGUGUUAAAUUCAAAACAAAAAGAAGCAAUCAGUACUUUCUUGGGAAAUAAAAAACCAAUCAGCGAACAUGAACAACCUUGGCAAGAGGUAUCAACAAAUACCAAGUGUACUGAAGAUGGAGAACCAGAAAACACGGAAAAAUUUGGUGAUUCAUCAGAACAAAACUAUGUUACGUACACUGAAGAAUCUGGAGCCAAACAACAAGGCAAGAGUGAAACUGAUGCUGCAGAAGAAGACAAGACAGGAUUGGAGCAGGUGAAAGAAAGGAAGACAGAAUUGGAGCAGGCGAAAGAAGAGGAGACAGGAUUGGAGCAAAAGAGAGAAAAUUGUGGCACUCUAGAGCAAGAAAUAUAUGAACUCAGACAACAUACAUUUCAAACAAAUAAAAAAAUUGAUCGUUUGGAACAAAAAUUUGAACAAGGAUUUAGAGAGAUCAUCGAAGUUGUGCGGAAUCAGCCAGUUUCGGAGGCUAGGAAACAGCACAACACUGCAAUCGACAAUCCUAAUGAGGAAAGUGAAGAGAACAACGUUGCUUCAAUACUUGGAUGCUGUGGGGCAAUAUGACAUUACUGACGCGUUGGUACAAGUCGCCGCAACUAACUUCAAGCCUUUUUCAAUCUUAUCAUAUUUCCGACACAUUAGUCUGUGUGAUUAGUGUUGUAAGAUGUCGCUUGGAUCACCAGUGUUCAAUAGAUGUCAGUGUUUUCGAUUGAACUUGAUUCUAUUUUUUGUUUUAAAUUUUACUUUUUUAAUUAAUGAUCGAGACUAAUUGUCUAGCCCGCCGCAAGAAAGUAGUCGCUUACCUAUUAUUCGCACAUUA